GUCAGCUGGAGGAAGCGGAGUAGGAAGCAGCCGCGAUGUCCUUUUGUGUCCUACAAGCAGCCAGCGGCGCCGCCGAGUGAGGGGGGACGCAGCGCGGCGGGGCGGUGCGGCCGGAGGAGGCGGCCCCCGCUCACCCCGGCGCUCCGGGCCGCUCGGCCCCCAUGCCUGCCCGCCAGCCCUGCCGGAGCCCAAGGUGACCAGCACCAUGUCCAGCCAGGUGGUGGGCAUCGAGCCUCUCUACAUCAAGGCAGAGCCAGCCAGUCCUGACAGUCCAAAGGGUUCCUCAGAGACUGAGACUGAACCCCCGGUGACCCUGGCCUCUGGUCCAGCUCCAGCCCGCUGCCUUCCAGGGCACAAGGAGGAGGAGGAUGGGGAGGGGGCAGGGUCUGGUGAGCAGGGCAGUGGGAAGCUAGUGCUCAGCUCUCUACCCAAACGCCUCUGCCUGGUCUGUGGGGAUGUGGCCUCUGGCUACCACUACGGUGUGGCAUCCUGUGAGGCCUGCAAAGCCUUCUUCAAGAGGACCAUCCAGGACUGGUGCUUGCCCAGGGUGAGUCAGGGCUCUCCUGUCAUCUGGGCCCCCUCCGGGCUCUGGGAGGCCGCCACUGGAGCCCUGCCUCUUCCUGGCAGGGAGCAUCGAGUACAGCUGUCCGGCCUCCAAUGAGUGUGAGAUCACCAAGCGGAGACGCAAGGCCUGUCAGGCCUGCCGCUUCACCAAGUGCCUGCGGGUGGGCAUGCUCAAGGAGGGUGUGCGUCUGGACCGUGUCCGCGGCGGACGGCAGAAGUACAAACGGCGGCCAGAGGUGGACCCUUUGCCUUUCCCGGGCCCCUUCCCUGCUGGACCUCUGGCAGUAGCUGGAGGACCCAGGAAGACAGCCCCAGUGAACGCUCUGGUGUCGCAUCUGCUGGUGGUUGAACCUGAGAAGCUGUACGCCAUGCCUGACCCAGCAAGCCCCGAUGGACACCUCCCCGCUGUGGCCACUCUCUGUGACCUUUUUGAUCGAGAGAUAGUGGUCACCAUCAGCUGGGCCAAGAGCAUCCCAGGCUUCUCCUCACUGUCACUGUCUGACCAGAUGUCAGUACUGCAGAGUGUGUGGAUGGAAGUGCUGGUGCUGGGUGUGGCCCAGCGCUCACUGCCACUGCAGGAUGAGCUGGCCUUUGCUGAGGACCUGGUCCUAGAUGAAGAGGGGGCACGGGCAGCUGGCCUGGGGGAUCUGGGGGCAGCCCUGCUGCAGCUGGUUCGGCGACUGCAAGCUCUUCGGCUGGAGCGGGAGGAGUACGUCCUGCUGAAAGCUCUGGCCCUUGCCAAUUCUGACUCUGUGCACAUUGAAGAUGCUGAGGCUGUGGAGCAGCUGCGCGAAGCCCUGCAUGAGGCCCUGCUGGAGUAUGAAGCUGGCCGGGCUGGCCCUGGAGGGGGUGCUGAGCGGAGGCGUGCAGGCAGGCUGCUGCUUACGCUGCCACUCCUCCGCCAGACAGCAGGCAAAGUCCUGGCCCAUUUCUAUGGGGUGAAGCUGGAGGGCAAGGUGCCCAUGCACAAGCUGUUUUUGGAAAUGCUUGAGGCCAUGAUGGACUGAGGCAAGGGGUGGGACAGGGUGGGGUGGCUGGCAGGAUCUGCCCAGCAUAGGGUGUUAGCCCCAAAGGGGCAAAGCUGGAGUCUGGGCAGUGCCAUAGCCUGCUGGCAGGGCCAGGGCAAUGCCAUCCGCCCCUGGGAGAAGGCUUCAUGCCCUUCCCUCCCCACUUUGUGUGUGUGGGGGAUUGUCAGAAGCCAGGAAAGUGAAUGCCCAGGUGUGGGCACAGUGCUGCCCCUUGCAAGCCAUAACGUGCCCCCCAAGAGUGUUGGGGGCCUCGCGGAAGCCAUAGGGGGCUGCAGGGGAUGUGCAGGAGGCAGACACUGAUCUCAGGGAGGGAAGGGAUGGAGGCCGCCGGCUCCCACUGGGUGAUGCUUUUGCUGCUGCUUAAUCCGAUCUCCUCUCCGGAGCAGAGGGGGGCUUGGAAAGCAAAGGCCCCGUCCCUUCGCUCCUCUCCUCAUCCGCAUUGGGCAUUAUUGCCCCCCCUUGAAGCAAUAACUCCAAGCAGGCUCCAGCCCCUGGACCCCAGGGGUGGCCAGGGCCCCCUAUCAGCUCCCACCUCAAGGGGUGGGGGACAGCACUGCCUCUAUGCCCUGCAGAGCAAUAACACUAUAUUUAUUUUUGGGUUUGGCCAGGGAGGCGCAGGGCCAUGGGGCAAGCCAGGGCCCAGAGCCCUUGGCUGUACAGAGACUCUAUUUUAAUGUAUAUUUGCUGCAAAGAGAAACCGCUUUUGGUUUUGAACCUUUAAUGAGAAAAAAAAUAUACUAUGGAGCUCAAGUA